ACGAGAACACAUGUCCAAGGAAUCACACACAAAAUGAUCAUGUGCUCUGUACUAAAAAAAAAAAAAGGUUUACAGAAAUAAAAACUGAAUUAAAAGAGGGUUAUUGUGGGGCCUCCAGUGACCUACACCCAACACAUUCACACAGACUCUUGGUAACCAGCUGUAAUCUGCUGUGAACAAUAUCGACACCGCUGAGAAAAACAUCUAUGUGCUCAUUGUCCGAGUCAGUGAAUAACAUGGGGUGCAAACCAUCCUCUGAGGCAGAAAUGCACCAUUAGAACAGUAUAUUGGUUCCAUAUGAGCCUCACAGCUGCCUCCUGACCUCUUCCUCCAGCAUCCUGAAACACAUAAACCAUGUUGUUCUCCAAAUUAAUACACUUCUUAUUAAGUUCUGGUUCAAGGUGGUUGCAGGUUUGGUGGAAAAAUAACAAUUCUGAAGUGCAAUUGUCUACAUACAUGCCAUUGAUUCAAAAGAGGGCUGAGUUAUGUAGAUUUUUAGCUUUUUUGGGUCAACCCAGCAGGCGUUGGACUGAGGGGAGGAGAAGUGUAAAGUGGCUGUAGUAGCCCAAAGGAAGACAUUUCUCAAACCCAUAUGGCUCUCUGAUGAUAGGGCAGAGGGAAAGUUGGUGCACUAUAUUUUGCUGCAAAAUGUAGUUUAACAUUUUGUAUCAUUACCUCAUUUUGUGUAAAAUCAACGAGAAAGCACAUUUAAAAUGUCAACAAAAACCAAUUCAGUCAGAUAUAAAAUGUACUGCUUUAGCUGCACGCCAUAUUAAAUCUAAUUAACUUGUGUGUAUUCAGCCAUAUAAUUCAAGCAACGACACAAAUAAAAUCUCUGAGCCCUUAAGGGUUUGACAAAAGCUCCCCUCCAAAACCAACAAACUACAAUGUGACAGACAUUUAUUGAUGCAAAAAUGUCGCAUGUGCCUUUAAGAGCACUAUGUCCCAGUCUACAUGUCUCUCUCUGAGCCUCAUAUGUGUUUGUUGGCAUCAGCUGUCCUCAGUGCUGAAUGGAGCAAGGACAUCUUUUCCUUCACAUCAGUGGGAUUAGAGGAAGAAAUGCCCCCUUCAUUCUGCUGGCUGUCAUCUCAGUGCUUAACAGACAAAAAGGAGCUGCAAUAUCGACAGAAGGCAGAAGACGAAGCAUAAGUUUGGACUGCAAAGCUGAUCAAUUUUUAUUUUCUUAUUAAAAAAAGGCAAGAGAGAUCUCAAGGGAGAUAUGCAAGUAAGACUCUUCAGGCUUGAUUCUACAUGGUUAUUGCCUGCUUUCUAAGAAAUGUCUGAACUUACUGGUCAGCUGAGGAGUUCAAAUACUGACAGCAGCAAUGUGAUGGAACCUCAGUCAACUUCUUUUAGUCUUACUGUCCCAUCUUCAUCUUCAUCUUCAUCACUAAAACUUGGCCAAAGCAACUUCAGGAGAGUGAGCCGCUCAGAGGACACCAGCCCAUACCCGAUGCCUGGCCUUGGAGCAGACAUCCUGCACAUGCGAGUCAAAGAAGGAAGCAAGAUUCGUAAUCUAUUGCGGUUUGUAACAUCUCGCAUGCAAGAGAAGGAAAAAGACAGCAAUGAGACGACAGUGAGACAAGUGGUCUUCACCGGCUCAGGUCGAGGGGUUACCAAGACGAUCACCUGUGUGGAGAUUCUGAAACGUAAAGUGGAAGGGCUGCACCAAGUGUCUAAACUAUACUACAAGAAAGUGAAUGAGACUUGGGAGAGUCUGCAGCAAGGAGUGCCAGGUAUAACCAUGCAGAGGACAGUCCCAGCCAUUUGUAUCCUGCUGUCCAAAGACCCUCUGGACCUCCAGGAACCUGGGUACCAACCUCCACAAACUGUCAGCGCUCGCAUCGAGGAAACAGAAAAACAAAGAACUGUAUUUAGGCCAGAAAACAGUCCCACCUCACAGCACACAGCCAAGAGAGUCCGCCUGGACAACUGGAGAUUAAAUCCUCCCUAAAAGUAAAAAAUGUGAUUCUAAGUUAUAUCAAUAUAUUAAAGAGGACAUUAGGACUGGAAUAAGCUUUAAAUGAAGAAUAUGUCUAUAUUUUUUUUUUUUUUUACCAUAAUACACAUUUGUCUCAAUAGACCAGGAGGAAAGAUGACAAAAACUGUAGUAAAUCAUAGCUGAGCACUGAAGAUGAACUUUAUAAGGUUACUGUAAAUUAUUUUUAAGUAAUACAUCUGCAGGCUGAAACUGAAAACUCUUGUAAGUACUAUUUUGAAAACACUAGGAAUUUUUUCAUAGAAAACUUUUGCAUGUGUGGACUUUAGAUUUGGUAUCUUUAUUAUUAUUAUUUUUUUUUAAAUAACUUUAGUAAUGUCAAUGUUUUUUGGUGAAAAAUGCUAUUAAAAACUGCAUCAGUAAAUAAAAUCUUAAAUUGGUGAGUUUACACUUAUCUUUCAUUUCCUGUGUGUAUUUUUGUAUGUUCAAUAGUUAUAUUGUUUAUGUGCAUUUUUAUUGUCUUAUUUAAGGCCAUGCAAGGUUAAGUAAAGAAUAAAUGGUU